GCUUGGGGUCACCAGAAGUCUGCUACACUAAGCAUUACGCGUGACACAUUGUCACUUUUCAGCCUUCUGGUAAUUCGGAGACUAACUUAGCCUUUUGUCGCCACACCAUAAACGUGUCGGAGUGCACUUCAGCCUUAUGGCUACUAGACGGCACAUUGGCUAUUACCAUCACUGCCGUGGAUACCCACCACUAGCCCGCCGCUUUUUCUACCACCAAUCUACUCGCUACUUCUACCACCACAUCCGUGUCUUACCCCCUCCCGGUGCCGUAUGCCCCAGAUCUCUCCUUCUCUCUCUGUUUCAAACCAGCGCGGUGGCCUGCCGUCUGGAUUAUUUCCCCAAAGUCCAACUGUGCGCGAUGCCUCGCACACUCCUGCCUUUAGCACCGCAACUGCCAUUCAUGGCUGAUAAUCCCAGCCGGGGCUGGCGUAUAUAAGACGGGGCCUGCCCGUUGUUUGGACGCCAUCAACAUGUCUAUCCAAUACAAAUUCCAUCCCAACAAGAAGGCCACCAUCAUCACUGCUCCUUUCUCGGGAGGCCAGCCCAAGGGCGGCGUGGAGCUCGGACCAGAAUACAUCUUAAACGCUGGCUUCGAGAAGCAGAUCAGCUCGCUUGGAUGGGACACUGAAGUGGCCCAUCCGUUGGACAAGACCGACUACGAGUCCGUCAAGUCGGACGAGAAGGACGCCUACGGCGUCAAGAACUCCAAGAUCGUGUCGGAGUGCUGCAAGAAGAUCCACCACCAGGUCAAGGCGUCAUUGGGCGCUGGCAGGUUACCUCUCACCAUCGGAGGAGACCACUCGAUCGGUUCUGCCACCGUCAGUGCUGCCUUGGAACACAACCCAGACACCUGCGUGCUCUGGAUCGAUGCCCACGCCGACAUCAACACCCCAGCCACCACAGACUCCGGCAACUUGCACGGGUGUCCCAUGUCGUUCGUGAUGGGCAUCGACCCUGAGUCGUACCCUCCUGAGUUCGAGUGGAUCCCCCAGAACUUGAAGCACAACAAGUUGGUAUACAUCGGAUUGAGAGACGUGGACGACGGUGAGAAGGCCAUCUUGAGAAAGUACAACAUCGCUGCCUACUCCAUGUACCAUGUCGACAAGUACGGCAUAGGCAAGGUGGUGGAAAUGGCCUUGGACGCCGUUAACCCCGACAGAAAGUUCCCUGUUCACUUGUCAUACGAUGUGGAUGCCAUCGACCCUUCAUUCGUGCCUGCAACUGGUACCAGAGUUGAGGGAGGGUUGUCGUUGAGAGAAGGGUUGUUCAUUGCUGAAGAAGUGGCCCAAUCGGGGCUCUUGAGCUCGAUGGACAUCGUGGAGACCAACCCUAUGUUGGCUGAGACCGAGGAGCACAUCUUGGACACCGUCAGCGCCGCCUGUGCCAUUGGCAGAUGUGCCAUGGGGCAGACCUUGCUUUAGUUAUGAAUAAUGAACACGUUAGAUUAGACCCAUGGGCGAUGUAGAUAAUAAACAUGCUGGGAAAUACACUAGAGGCGUACGGAUGUGAACAGUACCUGACAAGCUAUGCCGCUAGAGCUAUACUGGCCAAUUUAAUACGGCAUGGCCGCAAAAUGCGAAUUGUGCUACUUUUGUGCGUGCGCGUCGAUAGCCGAGAUAUGACGCCAGGGACGAUGGA